UUGAUGUCAGUGUCUGUUUUCAGCAUGGGAACAUGUUUAAGAGGUCCAAAUCUGAUUUUUAAGGCAAAGCAGUUACAAAGGCUACAGUUAAUUCCAUGUUUAUCCUGCUCUCAACUACAAAGUUCCACUCCUAGAGACACAUAUCCCAAAAUCUAUGGCCCCAAGAAGAUAAACAGGUCCCCAACAGCUUUGUUAGAAGCUCUGGAAGAAAGUGUUGGCCAUGAAUGUCGAAGUUAUGGGAAGUUUUCCAUUGAUGACCCAGCCUGUUACCAUCGCCAGUUUAAUAAGGCAGAAAUGAUGCUUUCUACAGCAUCAGGGAGGAAAGCGGCCAGAAUGAUGAUGAGUAUGUACCCCCAGGUGUUUGAGGGGACACCUGCUCACAUACCUGUGGAACCCCCAACUAAGGUAUUUGAUCCUGUUGUGAGUAAAGAAAGUGAAGAUAAUUUAGAGGAAGCAAUUAAAGAGCAGAUGGAGCAAAGAGAUGUAGAAAAGGUUUUGGCACUUUGCCAUAAAAUGAUUCCAGAAGGGAAUACGAUGUCUGGAGAAACCAUAGAACGUUUGAUUCAUUUCCUCAGCUUCUAUUACCAGAGGGACCACACUGCCACAGAACCAGAGGAGAUCGAACUCAUGGAGAAAGUCAAAGCUGAAAAAUACUUACCAUUAGAUAGUGUUCUGAACGAUUUGUUCUUAUUCGAAGCAGAGAAGUCCCCUGCUGUGUAUAAUUCAUUCAUUCGACAGUAUCUAAAUUCUUCAGAGAUGAAAAGGCCAAAAGAAUGUCUGAGAUUUUACGAAACAAUGAGGAACACUAAAACACCGUUUGAGAGGAAAACCUAUCACUACAUACUUAGACACGCUCCAGUGAUUUUUGGGUCUCUUCAAGAACCAUACAAAGCUGUCCAGCAAAUAUUGACUGACAUGAAAAAGGCUGGUUACCACCCUACAAUAGAAACUUAUAACAUGGCUCUGCAGGGACUAAAAUAUCAACGCUUUGACAUGAAUAAUUCAGAAUGCCUGAAUUUUGCCUUCAAACUUAUUGCUGAUAUGAAGGAUCUAAGAAUAGAGCCCACGUUGGACACUUGGAGUAUACUCACUAGUCUGUUAGACAUGUCAGUGUUUGGAAAAGGAACAAAUUCAGGGGUCAUGCAGGUCAUGAACCACAUGCUGGAUGAGGUUGAGGGAAAGAGAUUUAAGGACGUAGGCUCAGAAGGCAGGAAAUUCAUCAUGAGAGCCUUAAAGACUGCACUCUUUCACCAAGACCUUGACUUUGCGUACAGAAUUGAUGCUUUUUACAAAACGGGACAGAAUUAUAAACUUCUUGAUGAUCAUGAUCACUAUUCAUAUAGGGUGAUUAUGUUUGUAAUAGCUGUGUACAAGGAGCCCAGUCUGGACAAAGUUGUAGAUCUGUACACAGCACUACAGCCUGUGGAUGAGAUAAGGUUUGUGAAUGUAUUCCGCAAGUUCAUCAAAGACCUGACGGUGACAAAGUCCUACAAGUUUAUUCCACAACUUCUAAAUUCUUUCCAUUCUGCCAGUUUCAAUUUGGCAGAAAUAACAGCUUUCCUGGCCAAAGAGAAGCAACCAACACUGGUGCAGGUAAAAUUGUCAGAGUUUGUGAAGGUGAAGCUGUCAGAACUAGAGGAAAGACAGAAUGUGAGACCAAAAAUGGAAUUAUUGGAGAACAUGCUAAUGAUAGCCAUGAAUGGUGAAAACAUUGAAUUAGCUUGGAAAGUGUUCACAUUUAUUAUAACCAAUAGAAAGAAUAUGUAUGGAGCAGAGAUAUCCAUGAUCCAACCUUUUGAGGGACUUUUAGAUUACUACAUUUCUGCAGAUGACUUAGGAAAAUGUGCAGAAAUCAUGAAGUUUCUGGUGAAGGAAGUCCCCCAUGAUGUAGUGGAGAGUCUAGGAGAGAAAAUCCUCAGUAAUAUUCCUAUGAAUGAACUGGAAAGGGAGCAGCUUCAGAGAAUAAUGAAGAGAGCAACAAUCACAAAAAAGAAACGAUCAACUCGACAAUAUUUAGCCAGAUAUUAAUAAAAAUUAUCGUAUUUCCUCA